UAUUCACCAGAUCAUCAGCUGAUCAAUAUGUCUAUCAGUAUAAUACGCGCGCGUUACAUUUAGUCAUGUAUAUUUUAACGUGUUCAACUGGAAAAUACCCUUCAUAAUUCAUCUUUAGUAUCUCAAAAGAGCUUAUCUAUUUGCAUUUAUACGUGUUUUAUAUGAAAUUUAAAUAAGUAGAUAUUUUUAUUCACUUGUAAGUGAAUUUAUUGAGUAGACUGUGAAUUGAUAAAAUAUUAGAAUUAAUCAUUGUUCAAAUUCAAGAGAAAAUAUAGUUAUUUGAUAAUGUUGUAAGAGAUUUAAAGUGCUUUGGGUUGACGGAUUGAUUUUUGACGGUAGAGAAAAGCAAGCACCAUUGCUGACAUAAUGAAGAGAGAAGCUGACGCGAUGGGCGGGGGUCCAAUGACCCCCCAUAAACGUUAUCGUCAAGGUGAUGAUGAACUGCGACUUCUUAUUCCAAGUAAAGUUGCUGGAUCCAUUAUUGGAAAAGGGGGACAAAAUAUAACAAAUCUUCGUAGUCAGUACAAAGCCUCAAUCAUUGUACCCGAUUGCCCCGGACCCGAACGAGUUCUUACCAUCAGUUCGGAUUUGGAUACUGUUCUUCAGGUUCUUAAUAAAGUUGUGCCCAAUCUUGAAGAGAAUGGAACUAAACAUGGAAGUGAUGAAAUUGAUAUUCGUAUGCUUGUUCAUCAAAGUCAAGCUGGAUGUGUUAUUGGAAAGGGUGGCUUAAAAAUUAAAGAGCUUCGUGAGAAAACAGGAGCUAGGAUUAAAAUCUAUUCGAAUUGCUGUCCUCACAGUAGCGAUCGUGUUAUCAGCAUUUGUGGAAAACCAACAACAUGUAUGGAAUGUGUUCGUGAAUUAAUUGCUACAAUAAAAACGUCACCACUAAAAGGAAUAAAUAAUCCUUAUGAUCCACACAACUAUGAUGACUAUUAUGCUGAUGAGUAUGGUGGCUAUGGAAGUAGAGAUAGCCAAGGUGGUAAACCAGGAUAUGGUGGCGGUGGUGGUCGUGGAGGCGGUGGCGGAGGUGGAAUGCCACCAAGACGAGAUAAUAGAGGUGGACCACCCGACAUGAAUCGUGGAUUUCCACCACCACCAAGAGGUGGUCCAAGAAACAGCGGUGGAAUGUCAAGUGGACCUCCAGAUCGUGGAUAUGGAGGAAAUGCAAGAAGUGGAGGUUAUGAUGGUGGAAGAGGUGGUGGCUAUGGAGGAAAUAGAGGUGGACCACCACCAUUCGGAGGCGGAAAUUAUAAUGACAGUGGCUGGGGUAUGCAGGGAAACGCUCCUAAUGGACUCGGCGGAGGUGGCAAUAAUUCAGGUAUGAGUGGACCACCAAUGGGAGGAAAUAAUCAAGGUAAUCAAGGAAAUAUGGGAGGCAACAAGACUAGCACUCAAGUCACUAUUCCUAAAGAUCUUGCAGGAGCUAUAAUUGGUAAAGGUGGAGCUAGAAUCAGAAAAAUCAGGUCUGAUAGUGGAGCUUCUAUUACCAUAGAUCUUCCAUUACCUGGAAGUAAUGAUCGCAUAAUCACUAUUUCGGGAGCGCCAAAUCAAAUACAAAUGGCCCAGUACCUGUUACAACAGAGUGUACACGACAACGCAGACCAUUACUAAACAAUAUCGACUGAUGCACUGAGGGGAGCCAAAGAUGCGUUUGUAGUUCUUUUGUUUUUAAGAAUUCAACAAAACAUAUGCUAUAUAUAAAAAACAUAAUAAUAUACUACUGUACAAAUACACUCGUACAUAUAGAUACGAUUAUAUCUAAUUCUUGGGCAUGUUGUAUGUUUAUGUACGUUAAUUCUAAUGUACGCAACAACGAUCAGUGAAAAAAAAAAAAGAAUUAUAACAGUCAUCAUUAUUGCGAUUAAUCUAAAAGCAUAUUCCAGAAAUAAUUUCCACUACAUUUGAUAUUCUAUUCUAUUCUACACUAUGAAAACAUAUUUUAGAGCAACUUUUUUAGUGAAAAUAAUUUAUUUCGUUUUUACACUCAACUAAUAAUAAAACGAAAAAAUAUAUUUAUACUCAUCACUAUCAUUUGACAAUCUGAUAAAUAUUUUUUGCUACUAUUAUUUUUUAAUAUCUAUGUUUUCUCCUUUCUUUUGAUAUAUCUACGAUCUUUAUUGUAAAAUAAAGUGAGAUAUGAAAAAGUUUAAUGACAUUUACAGUCUUAUAAUCUCACUUAUUUCAUUGUAUUUUUAUUUCUUUUUAUUAGUUUUUUUUUUUUCGAUAUGAGCCUCAUUAGGUUCUGUUUGAGCACCGAAUUAUAGUACGAACUCUUGAAGUUUGUCAAAUAAUAAAAGAGAAAUCGAAUAAAAACCCUGAUCCCUGCAAACGAAUUAAAUCAAAACUUAAAAUGCAAAUGAUGUUGCGUAUUAUUGAAUUAUUCUAUAGACAUUUAUAUUUACAUUUAAAUGCUGGCCUACUAUACUAUUUUAAAAUAAUUUAUUAACGAUUUAAUUAUUGAAAUAAAAAAAAAAACUUGAAGCCAAUUUUUUCAUAAAUAUUAUGGUUAAUAAUUUUUUAUGUUAGACAUAAUAUAAUUCCCACGUAAUCAUGUAUAUAAAUGAUAUCAUUUUAUUUUCAAUUACUUUCUUUAGAACAUAAUAAAAAUAUUGGUAUAUUAUUAUUGCAUAAAAUUCAUACUAAAUUAUCGAAAGAUCUUUUUGUAAUUAUUAAAAAUGUAAGUUCUUCACAUGUACGGCCACAUACGUAUAUAUAUGUAAAUUAAAAAAGUGGAUUAUCAGUGAUAAUGUUGAGUUAAAAUAAAUGUAUUUUAGACAUUAUUAAACAGAUAUUAAAUUACUUAAUUAAAUGAUAUAUUGUCCAAAAUAGAAAAACUGUAGUGACACUUAGAUUAAAAAUUAAUUGUUAAAAAAAAAAACUAAUAACAAUAGUGAUAAUAAUAAGCAACAACGAUAAAUCAUUUAAUUUCAUAAUAAAUUUAAAUGUAGGGAAAAUUAUUAUGUCAUAAGAUAUAAACAAAAUAUUAUAACUUAUAUUUUGAUGCAUAAUUAUAAUUAAUUAAUUUGGCGAUAAUUCUUUGAUUCUCAGGAAUUAAAAAAGGGCAUUUGUAUAUCGUUGGCUAAAGUUUAUCGAUAAAUUGCAUUUUAUUAAAAAUGUUAUUCCAUGUAAUAUCGAUUAACGACACACAUGUGUAUGUUGAAAAAAAAAAAAAA